AUGGUCCAUCUUGCUCAGGUUAAGCGCGACAGUGAUGUCGAGAAGACCGCUCAACAGGUCGGCUCCAUCCAGCUGGACUCUGCUGAGGACGAUGCCUUUUACUCCAGCGUCUACGGCACUCGUUUUGCUACGGAGCAGCUCCCCUCGACUGAGAUGCCGGAGCGGGAGAUGCCCCGUGAGGUGGCCUACCGUAUGAUCAAGGAUGAGCUCAGUCUGGAUGGUAACCCCAUGCUCAACCUUGCGAGUUUCGUGACAACCUACAUGGAAGAGGAAGUUGAGAAGCUCAUGACCGAGUCCUUCAGCAAGAACUUCAUCGACUACGAGGAAUACCCCCAAUCCGCUGAGAUCCAGAACCGCUGUGUGAACAUGAUCGCCCGUCUGUUCAACGCUCCCACCGACAGUGAUGACGAACACCCCAUGGGUACCUCUACCAUCGGUUCAUCCGAGGCCAUCAUGCUGGGCACCUUGGCCAUGAAGAGACGGUGGCAGAACAAGCGCAGGGCGGAGGGCAAGGAUGCCUCCAAGCCCAACAUUGUCAUGAACAGUGCCGUCCAGGUGUGCUGGGAGAAGGCCGCCCGCUACUUCGAUGUUGAGGAGCGCUACGUCUACUGCACGGAAGACCGCUACGUCAUUGAUCCCAAGCAGGCCGUGGACCUGGUGGACGAGAACACCAUUGGUAUCUGUGCCAUCCUGGGCACCACCUACACCGGUGAGUACGAGGACGUCAAGGCCAUCAACGACCUCCUUGUCGAGCGGGGCAUUGACUGCCCCAUCCACGUCGAUGCCGCCAGUGGUGGUUUCGUCGCUCCCUUCGUUGCCCCCAACCUGGAGUGGGACUUCCGUCUGUCCAAGGUGGUGUCCAUCAACGUGUCUGGUCACAAGUACGGGUUGGUGUACCCCGGUGUUGGUUGGGUUGUCUGGCGCUCGCCCGAGUACCUGCCCAAGGAGCUGAUCUUCAACAUCAACUACCUGGGAGCCGAGCAGGCCAGCUUCACGCUGAACUUCUCCAAGGGCGCGUCGCAGGUCAUUGGACAGUACUACCAGAUGAUCCGACUGGGCAAGCGGGGCUACCGGUCGAUCAUGACGAACAUCACACGCACUGCCGACUACUUAGCCGACCAGCUGGAGCAGCUGGGCUUUGUGAUCAUGAGCGAGCGUCGCGGCAAGGGCCUGCCGCUGGUGGCGUUCCGGCUGCCGGCGGACCGCGACUCGGAGCAGUUUGACGAGUUUGCGCUGGCGCACCAGCUGCGUGAGCGUGGGUGGAUCGUCCCGGCCUACACGAUGGCGCCCAACAGCAACUCGCUGAAGCUGAUGCGGGUGGUGGUGCGCGAGGACUUUAGCAAGAACCGGUGCGAUGCGCUGCUGGCGGACAUUAAGCUGGCCUUGAAGACGCUCAGCGACAUGGACAAGGCGAUGUUGGAGCGGUACACUCAUCAUGUCCGGGUGCACUCGACCAACUCGCACAAGUCUAAGCAUGUGCACCCUCACUACAAGAACGAGAGCCAUUCCUUGCAGGGCAAGCAUGGCAAGACCCACGGUGUGUGUUAA